GGGUGCCGGCGGGAGGCCGGGCGCGCCUGCGCGGGGCGGGGACCGGGACCGGCGCCGCCGCCAUUUGCCGCUGCAGCGACCGGAGGCCCCGGCGGCGGAUCAUGGCCGUCAGCCUGGACAAGGAGGCCUAUUACCGGCGGCUCAAGCGCCUCUACGGCCACUGGAAGAAAGGAGAGGAUGAGUACGGCAAGGUGGACGCCAUCGUUGUGGCGGUGGGUGUGGACGAGGAGAUCGUGUACGCAAAGUCCACCGCCCUGCAGACCUGGCUCUUGGGCUACGAGCUGACGGACACCAUCAUGGUCUUCUGUGAGGAGCGGAUCGUCUUCAUGGCCAGUAAGAAGAAGGUGGAGUUUCUCAAGCAGGUGGCCAACACCAAGGGCAGUGAGAACGCCAACGGAGUGCCCACCGUCACGCUGCUGGUCCGGGAGAAGAACGAGAGCAACAAGGCAAAUUUCGACAAGAUGAUCGAGGCCAUCAAGAGCAGCAAGGGCGGGAAGGUGAUCGGCGUUUUCAGCAAGGACAAGUUUCCCGGAGAGUUCAUGAAGAGCUGGAAUGACAGCCUCAACAAGGAGGGACUGGAGAAGGUGGACAUGAGUGCCUCGGUGGCCUACACUCUGGCGGUGAAGGAAGACAUGGAGCUUAACGCCAUGAAGAAGGCGGCCUCCAUCACUUCUGAGGUCUUCAAUAAGUUCUUUAAAGAGCGGGUGAUGGAGAUUGUGGACGCUGAUGAGAAAGUGCGCCACAGCAAGCUGGCAGAGUCGGUGGAGAAGGCAAUCGAGGAGAAGAAGUAUCUGGCGGGCGCCGACCCUUCCACCGUGGAGAUGUGCUACCCGCCCAUCAUUCAGAGCGGAGGCAACUACAACCUGAAGUUCAGCGUGGUCAGUGACAAGAACCACAUGCACUUUGGGGCCAUAACCUGCGCCAUGGGCAUCCGCUACAAGUCAUACUGCUCCAACAUCGUCCGCACCCUGAUGGUGGACCCACCUCAGGAGAUGCAGGACAACUACAACUUCCUGCUCGAGGUCGAGGACGAGCUGCUGAAGGAGAUGAAGAGCGGAGUCAAGAUCGCCGACGUCUACCAGAACGUGAUGGCCUUCGUGAAGCAGGAGAAACCAGAGGUCCUGACAAAGAUCACCAAGAACCUGGGGUUUGCAAUGGGCAUCGAAUUCCGUGAGGGCUCACUGGUCAUCAAUGCCAAGAACCAAUACCGGCUGAAGAAAGGUAUGGUGUUCAGCAUCAAUGUGGGUUUCUCAUCCAUGGAGAACAAGGAGGGACGGACGAGUGAAGCCAAGACCUACGCCCUGUUCAUAGGGGACACCGUGCAGAUCAACGAGGACGGAGCCGCAACUAUCAUCACCAGUGUCAAGAAGAAAAUCAAAAACAUUGGCAUCUUUCUCAAGAAUGAAGAUGAGGAGGAAGAGGACGAGGUGAAGGACGAGGCCGAAGAUUUACUGGGCCGUGGAGCAAAGGCCAGCCUGCUGACAGAGAGAACCAGGGUGAGCCCUCCAGCCCCCCCACUCCUGGGCUGUAGAACUGUGUGUGCCCACGGCAGGGCUGUGUGUGUCAAGUUCCACACCUCUCCCUCACACAGUGACUCUCUCUCUCUCAAGGGAGAGUCUGACCAUCUCCCCUUGACACCCAGCAGUUCCCCCUCACCCACCCCAUCUCCACUCACAUCCUGGGGGGGUUCCCCACUGACCAGCAACUCAACCAGACCAGCCUCAGAAACCCCGUAG